UCGUCUCGGGCACAGCGCAGUGGGUUUUCUGAAGGCUGCGGCGCGUGCCGCAUGCCAACACCGGCGGUGACCUCGUGCGACCCUAUUAAAACAAGAUACAUCGACGAUCUCACGUAGUCACCAGAAGACACCAUGAGGUUCAUCUACACGUGUUUGUGCUUCGCCUCUGUGCUUAAGAUCGUGCUGCCGGCACCUGCCGACGGUUUCGUGUUCCCUGAUGAUCGGAGACGGGAGAAAAAGUUGGAGCCUGUGAUUACUCCACCUGUUCUACCAGUUUUAGAGCAUUUGGAGCGUGAUCCGAGUACAUUGUUACCGCACGAGAGACGGGCUCCAGGGCCUAGUCAAUUGAAGCCGAGGUUUGGAUUCGGAGGAGGUUUUAACGUCGCUCCGUCUGGAAAUGGGGGUUUGACUGCAAGUGUCAGCAGCAGUGCAAGUGGUCUCGGAGCCAGCCAGUCAGCAUCACAGUCGUUCUCGUUCGGAUUCAAUGAAGGGUUCAGCGCAUCUCACUCCGCCAGCCAAGCGUCGUCGUUCAAUGGCUUCGGAAGCGGCUUCAGCGGUGGUCAGGCGAGUAGCCAAGCGGCGUCGUUCAGCGGCUCCGGGCUUUCAGGAUCGGGGGCGGCUUCGUCGGCAUCAGCACUCGGCAGUGGUUUUGGUGGGAGCGGCGGGAGUGGAAGUCAAAGCGCCUCUUCGGCUUUCGGCUUCAACUCCCUAAACGGCUUCCAGCAGAAACAACCUGACUACUUCGGGGAAGGCUUGCUAGACGUCAGGCAUCGUGGAGUCCCAAACUUCCCCUUCCCUAACUUCGUGGGAAGAAGCAAGGGCGUUGGUGCUGCGGCCUUCCGAAGCGGGAAGAGUGGGCCCUCAUCGAGGAACAGGGACGACUUCCUAGCUGUUCUAGUUUCCGAUUAAACGAUAAUGUCUGUACCAAAAUAUGUAUGUAGAUGUUCCUUUACGAGAACAAUAUCGAUGCAGAAUAAAUACCUCGUAAGUGCAAAAGCGUAAUAUUUCAGAAGGAGGAUAGAGCCUAUAAAACACACACAGUGCUAUACAACGUUAUUUUCCAAAUGUGACUUUCAGCAAAAUUGCAUUUUCGAGGUUCUCGCUCUGAGAAGACGGUAUGUGGACACGUAACCACACACAUACAAAAUAGCUGUUAGUAUGAGGCCAAAACACUAGGUAACUCCUUUAAUCAUGUUGUGUGACAGGAUGUGUAUUGCUAUGCUAAGCACUAGAUUAUUUUCGCAACUCUUUUGUGGCCUCAUAGUAAAAGUUAUUCGUUAUGGUAGUAAACACUUGUGGUUUCAACGUAUUAACGUUAAAUAUUACCAUAUAUUGAAAAUUGAGCCAUACCUUAUCACACGUGGAUUAAUUAUGUACCUGCUGUCGUAAGAAAUUAAUGUCUUUGAAUGUUUAAUCAGUUUAGCAUUAAAAAAGCAAUAUAGUGAAGAUUUAUGGCCUAUGUGAGUCAAUUAACUAUUGGCACAAGACAUUACAAAACUUAAUUAAGUAAUUGCUGCAAACAUGUCUAUUCAAUUCAUUUAAAUUCCGUUUACAUAUAAAUAAUGAGAUGUGCGUCAAAAAAUUUUGUAAAUUAUCCAGAACAGUGUAAGUUCUGUUCUGUAGUUUACUAUUGCCUUGCCCUGGGCAAAGCUCUUCUAAACUAAACUGACACGCCUCACGAUCAGUGAGUAGCCGUAGUGCACCGUGAAUGUCAUUUCAGCUUAAGCCCCGUAAUCAUGGUAAACUUUUGCUUAUAAACAAAGUUGCAUCAACAUGUUGCCAAAUUGCUAGCAACAUGUUGCCGACAAUACUGCGUGUUGCAGACUUGAUAAUAAAAUACAAAAUACUUUUUUGCAGCAACCUUCUUGCUGCUCAUCAAUGUUGCUUAACAAGAGUUAACCAUGGCUUUAAGGUGCACGGAGUUCUUAUGACAGAUAUCAUAGAAAUUCUGCACUAAGGAACAGCUUAAGUAACCAUUAAAUGUCUCUGAGUGUGUCCAAUAAUGUGGUUGUGGACCAUAACACUUCAGCUUAGCCGGGCUAUAGAUACGUCAUAAGAUAUUUCUUUGAAUAAUAGACCCUACCUGCAUAGUUAGGUUUAAGACCGUACUCGUUAAGUAGACUGCGAUUUAUUUAUUGCUUUAAUAUUUAAGUUGUUGUUUUUAAUUUAAUCAUUUUAUAAAAUAAAUAUUAUUUUAAUCAA